GGCCAGCCAGAAAGCGGCCGCGGCAUCCGCAACAGCAGAGGCGUCGUCAGCAUCGUCAUGAAAGAAACAUUCUAGUCGGUGAAAGCCCUCUCUCCUCUAGCCCAUUCUUCUUUGCCCGUGUAAAAAUUUCCUGUCCAUUUCCAUGAACGUGCAUGUUAGACUCGGUUGAUCUUCAUGUUAGUUUCGAAUACGAUACCUGUCCCUGGGGGAUAUUGUACGAUAGCCAUAUUCAGAUCAAUCAAAAGAAUGAUAAUGAUUUGGCUAGACGAUUGGAGGUGUUUUUCGUGGUCUCUUUGAAUACUGGAGUGCAGAUCAAAGAAGACCGCCAUUGUUUUCGAAAUCGCGGUGGUCAGGCCUGUGAAUCCUCUUUGUUAAUCAAACAAAACUUUGUUCCCAAUGAGUUCUUGAAAGGAAUUGAUACGGGGAUAGACUCCCUCAAAAGGGUCAGCCUGCGCCUUUUUUCCCCUUCGAAUUUGCUGUUUCUUCCUAUACAUUGCACUACACUUCUCGACAACGACAUCUGGACUCGCCCGUCCACAAUCAAGCAGCAACUUCUUAAUCCCUUCACAAUCUUGAAUCGCAAGAUGGACAAGCUGACCGAGCAACCAGGCCAAAACAGAGCCAGGCGAGGUGCGUUUUCUGGAACCUCAAGUUCCGCAGCAGCAGCGGAGACAAUGACACCAACACCAACAUCAACUACACCAACUUCACUAACUACACCAACUACACCAACUGCCCCAUCGCCAUCUCACACGCCAGCACAGCCCUCCUACAGCACACUUCAUUCAUCGCAUCAUGAGGAGGGUACCGCGUACGUCCCUCAAUAUAGAGAUGCAACCAAUGGCUCUCAUGACGAGGUCGAGUACCACCCUUUUACCGCCCACGACCCCCUCUACUACCACCCUCGAUAUCGCAAAGUCGUGACCUGGAGGCAGCCAACAGCAACCGUCAUCCCCGCUCAUGAUUCGAUUCCCCUACCAGACCACCCUCGGGAGACUCGCGCUCCUCCUCACCCUCCCUCUCCUCCCCCCAUCCCCACGGAUGCUAACUUGAUGCCUCCGCCUCCUUUCCCCCGCCGUCUCCGUCCCCAGCCCCCGCAGCCCCCUUCCAUCCUGAAACCCCCAACCAGGACCGACAGGGAGACCCUGCAGGGAAAUCUCUGGGCCAUGAUGAAGCUCGCCGAUCGCGAGCUCACCGCAUGCCAUGAAAUCCUGGAGGCCACGAGUCAGCAGUGCCUGCAGCAUCUCUUCGAGAUCGACGAAGGCUUGAAAUACCUCGAUGCGCUGUUCCAGGAGGACGAGCGGCAGGCGGACAUGCUGCGACGGUAUGGGAGGCGCCACGAGCGCUCCGCUCAUUGCCUGGCGAAUGGGGAUGUUCAUUUCUGCGCGUAUCGGUACGGCCGCGGUCGUGGGCCCAGGAGCACUCGUAAUGAGCGGAGGACUGCAGGUAUCAGUUCACCCUAUCGUGGUGGCGGUCAUCAUGAUUGGCAGAAUAGCCAGCGCGGCUUGGACCGUACCGUUGCCAGUGGACGGGUGGUAAAGAUGAGGAAGAAGUCGGACAGUAUGACUGGGAUCGCGGCUCGAAUCAAGCUUGGGUACGAGGACUUGAAGAACCGCCUUCCUCGCCGUAGACUAGCGGGAGACGAGGACGAGAAUUGGGGCGGGAUUGAGGGUGAGAAAACAGAGAUUGAGACAGAGGAGGAGGAUGCGGACGACGAUGAUGAUGAAGAUUACUAUGAUGAGGACGACAACGAGGAUUGAUCGAAGCCAAGUCUCCAAGGAAUGAGAUGGGUAGACUGCGAGAUGGUGGAUGUCAUAUAUUUUGUCAGUGCUCAUAAUGCUUGUAGACCUUGUUUGUUACCAGCUUGCACAAAUUUGAACUCGAAUUCAAACAGUAAUCAUACUGUGCCAAGUCACUCAAGAUCAUCAGAUUGAUAUUGACGUGAAUAGAAUAUGUACAGACAGCUAGAAAGUUGCACAGAAUGACAAACGCUCCGACCUUACACAACACUUUGACGAUGAAAAGAACGCUGCA